GAUGGACGAGCCAAGGGAAACCUAAUCGCACCAUAUCGGGCCAACAGCUCAUCAAUUGACUGACGAGCAAGGAGGGCGAAUUUCGGAUCUUUGAUACACCACUUCGCUUGUUGUAUCUCCAACUGCGAAAUAGUUUGAAUUUUUUAUUGUCUUUACACGUGCGUCUAUGUUGUGAAACUACGGUAGUUGAUUACGUUACGCGUUGCACCUUUAAGAAGCUGUCUUCGGGAUUACAAUUACGCGCUACCCACAAGGUUCUCAAGGGGGCUUUUACGCACUACCGAAUUCUGGGGAGUCUUUCGCAGCCCGACCAUACCAUCUCUUCUAUUCGAUAAGUUCUGUCCCUUUCUUAUCCCACAUCAAUUUGCAUUGCCUGUUUGAUUAUUGGGGAUCCAUCGCAGUAAAGACCUGUAAAAUGGCUGAGGAGCAGGGAAAAGCGGGGAAAGGGAUCAACACUGGGAAACUGGCGACCAACAUGCAGAAAAGACUUAGCAGAGCGCAAGAAAAGGUGCUUCAAAAGCUGGGCAAAGCUGACGAGACGAAAGACACCGUGUUCGAAGAGAGCGUGGCUAACUUCAACAAGCAAAUGGUCGAGGGAACCAAACUGCAGAGAGACUUGAGGGCCUACCUGGCAGCGGUAAAAACCAUGCACGAUGCGUCCAAGCGUCUACAGGACUGUCUGGCAGAUAUGUACGAGCCUGACUGGUUUGGCAAGGAGGAAGUGGAUGCCAUCGCAGAGGAGAUGAUAGAGAAGGAGAUGGACUAUUGCAUGGAGGAGACGGACAUCCUGUGGUCAGAUUACCACGACAAGCUUGUGGACAAUUCCAUGGUCUCUAUGGAUACCUAUCUGGCACAGUUCCCUGAUGUUAAGGCACGUAUCGCCAAGCGGGACAGGAAGUUGACAGAUUUCGACAGUGCGAGGCAUCACUUUGCAUCCUUACAGAAGGGCAAGAAGCCUGACCAGGCCAAGAUCGCAAAGCCCAUGUCUAUCGUGGAGAAGGCUGCCCCAGGUUGGGCCCAGGGGAUUUUGUCUGCCCAUCAAAUUGCUCAAACUAACCUGACCAGAAACCAGGCCGAGGAGGAGUUGGGCAGGGCUCAGAAAGUAUUUGAAGAGAUCAACAUAGAACUGCAGGAUGAGCUUCCACAGCUGUGGAACAGCCGAGUUGGCUUCUAUGUCAACACAUUCCAGAGUAUGGCUGGAUAUCAGGAGAGGUUCCACAAAGACAUGGGAAAGCUGAACCAGGACUUGAAUGACGUCAUGACCAAACUGGAAGAACAGAGGCUGGCCAAAAAGGCAGGUAAAGACUGGAAGCCUGGACCCAAGAAGAGUGAGGCAGCUGCUGCCAACCACAGUGUUACUGCUGAUGCUGCGCCGAAGAUGAGGCCGGCGCCCCCUGCUGCCCCCCCUGUACGCCCGUCCCCCAGCCCUAGACCCUCGUUAACUCCAGCCCCAGAGACGCAACAGGACAUCCUCUUGUUCGACAGUGAGGCGCUGGUGCCCGAUGCGAACACAGCGGCACAGGCAACCGCACCGUCGCAGCUGCAGCAGUUUUAUGCCCCAACAGGGGUUACUAACCUGCUCGAUAUGGACCUGGAUGUACUAUUGCAGGCUGCCACAACUUCGGCACCCCAGGCGGUUUCAUGGGACUCAUGGGAGCCAGAGCAACCCUCCGCAGUGGAGCAGCCCCAGCAGGCUCCGGAUGGCUGGGAAGAUGAGCCUGCAGCCAAGCAAGGUAGCUUGGGUCAUGAUGGGCCUGCAGUCGCACCAGACUGGGCUAAAGAAGAGACACGGCAGGCCGGCUGGGACCAGGAUGCCGCCCAGACUGGGCAGCAUGAGCCUGGCUGGGACAAUAGUUUGGCCCAGGUGGGGCAGGAGGCUGCACAUGCUACCACAGAUGCACAGGCGGUGUGGGCCGACGCAGGCACCCAGGCUGGGUGGGGAGAGCAGCCAGCUGAUUCUGGGCAGACUGGCUGGGCUGAUUCUGGGCAGACUGGCUGGGCUGAUUCUGGGCAGACUGGCUGGGCUGAUUCUGGGCAGACUGGCUGGGCUGAUUCUGGGCAGACUGGCUGGGCUGAUUCUGGGCAGACUGGCUGGGCUGAUUCUGGGCAGACUGGCUGGGCUGAUUCUGGGCAGACUGGCUGGGCUGAUUCUGGGCAGACUGGCUGGGCUGAUUCGGGGCAGACUGGCUGGGCUGAUUCGGGGCAGACUGGCUGGGCUGACUCGGAGCGGAGCGUGAGUGCUUGCGGACCAGGAAGUACUAUAGAAGAGACUGACAGUGUUGCAGUGGAACCUGCAGGGGCUGCACCCACUGCAGUGACAAAUGGAUCUUCUGAGGAAUUACCUGCUGGAGUCAUCUACAAGGUCAAAGCAAUGCAUGACUACGCUGCCACAGAUGGAGACGAGCUUGAGUUGAAAGCAGGAGAUGUUGUGUUGGUAUUGGCCUGGGACAAUCCUGAUGAGCAGGACGAUGGCUGGCUCAUGGGGGUGAAAGAAUCUCAUUGGCUGGAGAACAAAAACCUCUUAGUGAAAGGAGUCUUCCCUGAAAAUUUUACCCAGAAGUUGUGAGCUGGACAUCCCGUCUUGCCUUUACUCACCCUUUCCUCCCUCCCUCAUUUGUCCAAUGGGACAUCUGCCAUGAAAGAAACCACAACCAAAAAUCAUAAUCACAAAAUCAGUCAGAUGUGCUGGUAAUUGACUUUGAAUUGAGUGCUGAAAGGCAGGGUUGACUUCAAGGCAAGGGUAUUAUUUAUGAGUGUUGACAUUAUCCCUGAGAGUCUGUUUGGGGAUGGGGCACAAAGUGCAUGAACUCUAAGUGCCACUGAAGUUCUCAUUAAUCAGUGAUAACACAGAUUUAUUAUAGUUAACAUUUAAUGAAUGAUUUGAAUACAGCAAAAGUUGAAGCAAGAUUUUUUUUUUCAGAGCUGCAACCAUGUUUCUUAGCAUGUUUCCUUAUACUCUCUCACCAUUUUGUUUACUCCUUACGCCUGCAACUGGUGUCAGACGUCAGAAAACAAAAUUCCUGCCUACAUUUGAGCAGAUCAGCACGUUUGUUUUGUAACGUUUCACAAAUUUAUGUUUUUUGCCAUGCUAAUGUGGCCAGUAGAAACAGAUUACGCUAGAUACAACCAAAAGGGAAUUAACUCCUAAUUGCAUAGUAUGAAUGUGAAACUGCUUGAACCCCUUUUGACAUGUCAAAUAAGUUAAGAAUUUGCUAAAUCAUACUGUAUAGCUACAGUAUUUACUUUGUAACAUAAUCUCACACAGCCUUAGACUGAGUGUGGAACUGUUCUGGUAUCAACUUCUGUCCUUCACAUGGGAUCACUCCCCAUGUGGCAAAAAAGGAGUAUUAAUCCAUUCAAAACAUCUCCAUCCUCCCCCGCUCCUUGAACCUUUUUACUUUCGGUUUUAGUCACCAGCAUUAAAUAGAUGUAAAAAAAACUUUUAUACUGUGUUUUAUUAUUGAAAAUACAGUAUAUUUCACAGCAAUGGGAAAAUUAUUCCCUACAUUAGUCCACUAUGUAAAUUUUUUGUUACCAGAAAAUACAUUCUAAAAUAGCCAAAACAGAGUUCCCAUUAUGACAAUGCCAGAAUGGGGUGAUCAAGAGGAACACCGCUAAUCACAAACCUGGAGGCUAAUAGUGUGAAACACCAUCAUUCCACUAUUUCUGCAGGUAUACUGUAUUACAGACUGAAAUUACCAUGCAGAAAUGUGUAAAGAUCUUUGUGAAGCGCUUGUAAUUUGUGGCUGUGACAUCUACACCAGGGUGGGUGUUCAUGUGACCCGUGUAUACCUUUAAAUAUUGUACCAUGCCUUCAGAAUUUUAGAGUGGUUGAUUCCUCCCCCUCAAAGAUGAAUCAUUCUGUGGUGAUUGGAUCAAUGGUCACGCUUCAAAACCUGAGAAACAGAACAGAUGGGAACCCUAAACCUGUAGGCUAUUUUGAAAGAAAAUCCAACUGGGAAGUGUUUAAAAACCCCUGCAUGAUUGGACCUAUAGAACCCUAGAUAGUCUGAUCUCAGUGGUUCAUGUUCUAAAUUAAUUCUUUAUAUAUACUUUUUAUAAUAUUUGAUUUAUCCCCCAAAAAUAGAUACUAUUUGAAGAGUUUUUUUUUUUUUUUUUUACUUCCCCGUAAUUUAUACCAGAGAUGAGCCCUCUUACAUGCAACACGUAGGAUAGAAACUGGUUCUUCAUUUGUGCUGCUGGUGAGGGACUAGUGUGUGAUACGAGUGUGGGUGUAGGGAGAGGUGCUGUAGCCAGGAGUAGGUAGCAUGUAGCAUCCACACAAUCAUCUUCACUAUAGUGCCUGUCUUGAAUUGAGCAGAACUGAGAUGCUAGCUAGUCAUGGUAUAUCCUUGCACAGAAAUAUCAUAUGGAAAUGUUCAAUUCAUUUAGAAAAAGGCUGUUAAAUGUUUAUACGUUCACUCACAAAAUGAAUACUCACACGUAUUUAAACAAUAACAUCUGCUAGGAUAAUAAGUGCCCCUCCCUAGCCCCCAUACAUCAGAAUGGUUCAACGAUUUUUGCUAAGGCCUGCUCUGGUUGGGUCUUUAAAGAGAACUAGACUUCCUGUCUACUGAUACUAUAUCCCUAUGGUUCGCGACAGCCUUUGUGAAACACUGGAGGACUAAAGCACGAGCUUGCUCUUUAAGCAUGCAAUAUUUGUUUAAAACAAACUCAGGUUGUAGCCUUGCUCUGAGGAGUAAAGCCUGUUAAUGCUGAUGACUCAACCAUUCAAAUUUACACAAGUGUUUGUACUAGAAUGUGUUGUUAAGCGCUAGAGCCUAGAGGUGAAAAGUGGUUAUGAAAAAACAGCAUGUUCAGAAGAGCUAUAGAACUCUGGUCAACGUUCUAAAAGUGCUUUAAAUUAUGGCAACUAUUUAUGGGUUUCAAAUAUCCAAAGAGCCGGGAAACAAAUCAUCUCAUGUCCAAGAUGUGUCCUGCUGAAACCAAAGUUAAACUCAGUCAAAUGAAGCCUGUGGAUGUGAUGUUCAACUUUAAGAUGUAGCUGGAAAUCAACACGUGUGAACACACUAACUGCUUGUUGUCUUUCAGUUGAAGGUAUGUGAUCAAGCCUGUAACCAACAGUUACAACAUUAAACAUGGAUUCAACAACAGACA